AUGAGGCCGAAGGAGGAGGUGGAUACAAAACUCCAGACGGGGGCAUUCAUUUUGUCCGAGAAGAUUGAUGACACCAAAUCGAAGAAAAAUGAAAAGGAAAUGAAGAAGGAGAUGAAGAAAUUGGAGAAAGAGAAACAAGAGCGCGAGAAGAGAGAAAAGAAGGCGAGGGAAAAGGAAAAAGAGCGUGAGAAGCAAUCGAAGAAAGAUGAACUGUCAUAUAGUCAUUUGUUACCGACGAGUCAGCAAGCUAUGCGUUACAGUAAUGAGGAUGCUGCGGGCGAAUCACUUGGGAAGCACUGA